GGUCCAGUGGAAAGUGAUCAAUUCUGUGUUAGAAGAGAGAAGAGAUAAUCUUGUUGUCAUGGCAACUGGGUAUGGGAAGAGCUUGUGCUACCAGUUUCCUCCUGUUUACACUGGAUCUACAGGGGUAGUCAUCUGUCCUCUUAUCUCCCUGAUGGAGGACCAGGUGCUGCAGCUGACUAUGUCAGGGAUUCCAGCCUGCCUGCUUGGCUCAGCUCAGUCAAACAACAUCAAAGACGGCAUCAAAGCGGGUCAGUACAGAGUCAUAUAUAUGACUCCAGAGUUCUGCUCAGGCAACUUAAAGCUGCUUCAGGACCUCAACCAAACUAUUGGUAUUACCCUCAUAGCUGUUGAUGAAGCUCAUUGCAUUUCGGAGUGGGGCCACGACUUCAGAAAUUCCUUCAGACGUUUGGGCUCGGUAAAGAACGCUCUGCCAUCGAUUCCCAUUGUGGCUUUAACUGCAACCGCGAGUCCAUCGAUCAGAGAAGACAUCGUGAAGUGCCUGAACCUGAGGAGUCCCCAGGUGACGUGUACGAGUUUUGACAGACCGAACCUGUACUUGGAGGUCGGACGACAAAGUGGCAAUAUCCUUAGGGAUUUGAAGCAGUUCCUUACUAGGAAAGGAAGCAGUUCUGCGUACGAGUUUGAAGGCCCCACUAUCAUCUACUGCCCUUCGAGAAAGGCCACCGGACAGGUUAUGUCUGAACUGCUGAAACUCAAUGUGACUUGUGGUGCGUACCACGCCGGUCUGGGAAUCAAACAGCGGAGAGACACCCAUCACCAGUUCGUCAGGGAUGAAAUUCAGUGUGUUGUGGCUACAGUGGCGUUCGGCAUGGGCAUCAAUAAAGCAGAUAUCCGGACUGUUAUUCAUUAUGGUGCCCCCAAGGAAAUGGAAUCCUAUUACCAAGAAAUUGGGAGAGCUGGUCGUGAUGGGCUCCCUGCUUCUUGUCACGUUUUGUGGGCUGUGACGGACUUGGCCUUUAACAGGCAUCUUCUAAACGAGAUACGCAACGAAAACUUCCGGCUCUACAAACUGAAGAUGUUGGCGAAAAUAGAGCAGUACCUCGUGUCACACAGCUGCAGGAGGAAAAUCAUCCUGUCUCAUUUUGAAGACAAACAACUCCGAAAGGUCUCGUCUGGCAUCAUGGGCACAGAAGAAUGCUGCGAUAAUUGCAGGUCCAGAGCCUCUGGUUUUGCCACCUCCAGUGACUCAGAAGGAGGUCUGCAGGAUUUUGGGAAGCAAGCCUUUCUGCUGCUGUCUGCAGUCAGUGCCCUGGAAGAGAAGUUUGGCACCAGAGUUCCCAUCUUGUUUCUCCGAGGGUCU